AUCAGUUUCACCGAAUUGGUUUAAAGACGGAACAUCAGUAGAUGCUAGCAUGGAUACAGACGAUGUGGAAUCUUCGAGCAGUAGCAGUACGCUGGCUACCUUGAACAGUUUUUUCUCGUUCACCAGUCCGGCGGUGAAGAAACUACUCGGCUGGAAGCAGGGUGACGAGGAGGAGAAAUGGGCCGAGAAAGCCGUCGACAGUUUGGUGAAGAAACUCAAAAAGCAGAAAGGUGCCAUCGAGGAUCUGGAACGUGCCCUGUCCUGUCCCGGUCAGCCGUCCAAGUGUGUUACAAUUCCAAGAUCACUGGACGGACGAUUGCAGGUUUCCCAUCGCAAAGGUCUUCCACACGUCAUCUACUGUCGGGUGUGGCGUUGGCCGGAUCUGCAGAGUCACCACGAGCUAAAGCCGAUCGAAUCGUGCCAGUUUCCAUUCACCGCCAAGCAGAAAGAAGUUUGUAUUAACCCAUACCAUUACAAGCGAGUUGAAAGUCCGAUUCUACCUCCGGUACUGGUCCCUCGUCACUCCGAAUUUGCACCCGGCCAUUCGUUGUUGCCAUUCCAUCAGAUGAGCGAGUCUAACAUGCCACAUAACGUGAGCUAUACCAAUUCAGGUUUCAACAACCCACACAUUGGAAGUGGUGGACCAAACUCACCCGUUUCCUCUCACAUGAGUCCAAACAGUCCCAUCUCGACGGUGUCUAGCCCCGGACCAAUCAACUCGAACCCGCAAAGCCCCUACGGUUCAUUGCCAGAAACACCUCCGCCUGCCUAUAGUCCAUCGGAGGAUGGAAGCAACGCCACCGGACCGGAUAGCAAUCAAAUGGAUACCAAUCAAAUGCAUGGCGAAGUGGCUCCAGUCAGCUAUCAGGAACCUCCAUACUGGGCCAGCAUAGCCUACUACGAGCUGAACUGUCGUGUUGGCGAAGUGUUCCAUUGCAACGCUACCUCCAUCAUCGUGGACGGUUUUACCAAUCCAUCCAAUAACUCGGAUCGCUUCUGUCUCGGGCAGCUGAGUAACGUCAACCGGAAUAGUACAAUCGAAAACACACGCCGUCACAUCGGCAAGGGAGUGCAUCUUUAUUACGUCGGUGGCGAGGUGUACGCCGAAUGCCUAUCGGAUUCAGCUAUUUUCGUGCAGAGCCGUAACUGCAACCAUCACCACGGAUUCCAUCCGAGUACGGUGUGUAAAAUUCCACCCGGUUGCUCGCUGAAGAUCUUCAACAAUCAGGAAUUUGCUCAGCUGCUUUCGCAGUCGGUAAAUCACGGGUUCGAGGCCGUGUAUGAGCUGACCAAGAUGUGUACGAUACGGAUGAGCUUUGUGAAGGGCUGGGGUGCGGAGUAUCACCGGCAGGAUGUCACUUCGACGCCCUGCUGGAUCGAGAUCCAUCUGCACGGACCGCUGCAGUGGCUGGACAAGGUGCUCAUUCAGAUGGGUUCACCCCACAAUGCAAUCAGUUCGGUGUCGUAAUGAAGGGGUUGGGACGAGUCCCUACUGGGCUAUAAUUUGCUAGA